CUCCCGGUCUCGUACCAAGCUUUCCCCCCGCUGAUCUCCAGCGACCAUUUUAUAUUGCACCCCCCCCACCUGCCCCCACACCAGCACCCACACCACCUGCCCCCCCUGGGACAGUUCGUGCCCCUCCAACCCCCGCACCCACGCCUGCCCCUGCAGAGGAUAGAGAACGAGGUGGAGAUGCGAGGGGACCAGCACGGUGUGGGGGGGUUUACGUACCCCCCCUCACACCACCCCCCCACCAUGCCCCCUGCCGUCCCACUCCAGUACCUCUCCCACGACCCCCUCCACCAGGAACUGCCCUUCGGAGUGCCAUACCCACAUGUGAUGCCGCGGAGAAUGGCCGGCCAGCGCUAUCGCCUGCAGCAGCCUCUGCCCCCACCUCCGCCGUAUUACCCCAGCUUCCUGCCAUAUUUCCUGUAA